GUUGAUAGAUAUUGAUGAGUGUUACGUGAGACCGUGUCAAAAUGAAGGAAUUUGUGCCAAUCUUCAAAAUGCCUUCUCUUGUACAUGUAUGCAGGGAUGGACUGGACCUACAUGUGAUGAAGAUGUGGAUGAAUGUGCCGUUAGUCAUGACUGUAGUCAGAGAUGCAUUGAUAAUGGCAUGGGUAUGGGAUACAGCUGUGCCUGUUAUCAAGGCUAUCAACUUCAGUCAGACGGGACAAUGUGUCAAGACAUAGACGAAUGUGUUUUAGUCCGUGACUGCAGUCAAGAAUGCUCUAACACUGAAGGCAGCUACAUCUGUUCGUGCAAUGAUGGAUACAGUCUUGAUAUCGAUAUGAGGACAUGUAACGAAAUUGAUGAGUGUUUGUCAAAUCCAUGUUUCAAUGGAGUAUGCACUGAUCUGCUCAGCUCUUAUUCCUGUACUUGCUCACCUGGUUGGCUUGGCUUCCAAUGUAACAAUGAUAUUGACGAAUGUAGUUCAGCAGACAUGAAUGCAUGUAGUCAGAUAUGUACCAAUACUGCCGGUUCUUACGACUGUUCCUGUACAGCAGGAUAUGAGCUUCAUCAUGAUGGCACAACGUGUAACGAUAUCAACGAAUGCCUGUUUACGAAUGACUGUACUCACAUCUGUAACAACACCGUCGGUGCUUAUUUAUGCUCUUGUCGCCCGGGCUAUUCUUUGCAUUUUGAUGGAUUUACAUGUAUAGAUAUUGACGAAUGUAGUUCAGCAGACAUGAAUGCAUGUAGUCAGAAUUGUACCAAUACUGCCGGUUCAUACGAUUGUUCCUGUACAGCAGGAUAUGACCUUCAUCAUGAUGGCACAACGUGUACCGAUAUCAACGAAUGCCUGUUUACUGAUGACUGUACUCACAUCUGUAACAACACCAUCGGUGCUUAUUUAUGCUCAUGUUACCCGGGCUAUUCUUUGCAUGUUAAUGGAUUUACAUGUAUAGAUAUAGAUGAAUGUGCAUCGUCACCAUGUUAUGAAGAUCGAACCUGGACUUGUAUCAACCUGGAGAACGCCUAUGAUUGUCUCUGUAAUUCAGGAUGGCAGGGCAUAAAUUGUGAACUUGACUCAGACGAGUGUCAAGAAGGAGCUCCAUGUAACCAUACUUGCACCAACUCACCGGGUAGCUUUGUGUGUUCCUGUAACCCAGGAUACUAUCUUGACUUAGAUGGAGUUUCGUGCCGUGAUGUUGAUGAAUGUUCUUCAAACCAAUGCCUAAACGGUGCAGAGUGUAACAACCUCCUGAACGCCUUCUCUUGUGAUUGCCCUCCAGGAUGGGAGGGCCAUACCUGUGAAACAGAUAUUGACGAAUGUUAUUCCGGCCCGUGUUUGAAUGAAGGAACAUGCAUUGAUCACCUAAACUCGUUCACCUGUAAUUGCACUGAGGGAUGGUUUGGCACCUAUUGUCAGAGUGGCUACUGUGCGUUGAAUCCUUGUCUCAAUGGAGGUACCUGCAUACCAGCAGAACAACAGUGUGCGUGCACAUCGCUCUACGCGGGAACAACAUGCAACAUUGACCAAACACAAGAUGGUGUGUCGACCGUUACCACUCAUCCUAGAAAUAAAACUGUACGUAUAUCAGAGAUGGUAGUAUUAAACUGUGAGUUCCAAAAUGUUCAGCACUUUGACUGGUGGAGAGAUGGGAAAAAGGUGCCUGACACCCGUGAUAUAUCUAACUAUGUCAUUGAUGAGAUGAGCCCCCCUGAUCAGGCGUACUAUAGCUGUGUCGGUAUCACAGAAAAUGGACCUCGUACUGAAAGCAACCAAGCACUGCUAAGAAUCAGAGAUAUGUCUAUUUUUCAUCUGAAGUUCAAGCUUGUAGAAAAUUUCACGUCAAUUUAUGCUGAUCAAGAAUCUUCAGAUUACAAGUCCCUUGUGCGUGCUAUUAAAGAAAAGUUUGAAGCGGUGUUUGAGGCGCUUGAAACCGAGAGUGACACCACUUGCACUAUUUACAUUCACGUGAAUCAACUUCUACCAGAUGACGGUGUGUUGGUUGAUAUGAGAGCUUACAUAGCCGACUGUAGCAUGACUACACAAGAAGCAAUGGACCUGCUGUGGAGCGGAUUAUUUCACGUGGAGGAAGUUUCUGAUGGUUACGUUGACCCUUCCCUCCUUCUGGUACUAAGUACAGUUCUAUGUCCAAACACCUCUUGGUCAUCUCCGUAUGGUACUGUCCAGUUUUUGUCAGGAGACCUUCAUUCUUGGAGUGAAUCGAGUGGAGAAUGUCCAUGGUUCACCGUCAAUGAUGGAGAGUCAUUAGCACGAGCCGUCUGCUACGGUGAUUACAUCUCUCCUUGUGCAUGGGUACCGUCAGACAACUGCGGUGGCAAUAAAACAGCUGACCAACUCUUAAUCUACUUACGAGAGAAUCCGAUGACUGCUGAAAGAAACACCCAGGACAUCCUGUCAGUGUUGACUGUGAUCUCCCAAGACACAAAUAUUAGUUCUGCCGUUGUCAAUGCUGCAUUUGACAUCCUUCACCAGAUAGGGUCAAUUUCUCAACCAACGCAAGAGAAUGUUGCCUUAGUCGUUGACAUCUUAAGCAUCCUGGCCACGUUAGACAAAGGCUUGAUCAUGGAGGCUGAGAUCAUGAAUGGUGCUGUAAGCAGAGCCACCGAGGCGUUGGAGGAAAUCCUUCUAGCCAUCAAUUUGCCUUUUAGCCAGACCUUGCAGUACGUGGCAUCAAACCUUGUGGUACAGGUAAUCAACUCUGAGUCUGACGGUGUCCGCGAUGGGAUUGUCUUCUCCAUCAUCGGCGAUGACAGCCAAUCCUUUGAUGAAAGUGACGUCCAGGUAUCCACCAACAAUCUUGGCAAGGGUAACCUAGGUGGUGCUGUCCAAGCAGCCAUCGUCAUGGGACCAGAGACCAUUGAUGAAGGCACCAGGGGGAAUAUAGCGUUUACUGUGUACCGUGACGAUGCAUUGUUUGUAAUGGACGGUCAAGUGGGAAGCAAUGAUGGGCGUCGUAAUAUCACGGUCAAUACUAAUAUCAUCGGAGCAAGCCUCGGUACGAGUGAAACCACACCUCUGAAUGCUCCGGUCACCAUAACACUGGCACACAAACAGCAAACUGGAAUGAAUCCGCAGUGUGUGUAUUGGGAAUAUUCCACUAAUGCUUGGUCAAGCGAUGGCUGUGAUAUGACAAACACUUCCAAGACACAUACCGAAUGCCAGUGCAAUCAUCUUACUAACUUUGCAGUCCUAAUGGACAUGAGUGGCAUCCCCAGACAAUCAGAGAGAGUAGAACAAGUGUUUAGGAUUCUCAGCUACAUAGGAUGUUCUUUCUCUAUUGUAGGCCUCCUGGUGACCCUGGCUGUCUACAUCACUGAUAGGAAACUUCGUUGCUUGCAGCACAUCCGGAUCUUAAUGUGUCUCUGCAUCACGCUCCUCCUCCUGUACGUCUUCUUCAUAAUCAUGACAGCACUCGACCGAUAUCCUGGAGAAUCCGAGGUCAGUCCAGGUCUGUGUGGAGUCAUCGCCGCCGGCCUCCACUUUACCACGCUCUCAUCGAUGUCAUGGAUGGGCGUUGAAGGGAUAAACAUGUUCCUAAUGGUUAUCCGUGCCAUGGACUCGGAUAUUCCACUCUUCAUGAUGAAAGCCUCCAUCAUUGCAUGGGGAUUACCUGCUGCGAUAGUGCUCCUAACUGGUGCUAUCUCGAGACAGAAUUACUUCAACUCCGACUACUGUUUUCUUCAGAAAUGGCCUCUCGUGGGCGGUCUGCUCAUCCCACUGGCCUUCAUUCUCGCUCAUAACGUGAUCAUCUUUGCUCUCGUUAUGCGUCGUCUCGUGCGCAUCAACUCGGAUGGCGGGAAAGCUAGCGAGUUGAAAUCAGAAGUCCGCCUCGAGAUCAUGCGCCGUCUCAAAAACGGGAUGGGCUUCCUCCUCCUACUUAGUUUGACCUGGCUCGUUGGAUACUUCACCGUGAUCGAACAACUCAACCUCGCAGUCCACGUGAUCUUCAUCCUACUCAACUCUCUCCAAGGAUUCUUCAUCUUUGUUUUCUACGUUCUCCGACAACCGAAAAGCCGUGCGCACUUGCAGGAACACCUGGGAUGCUGUUUCCAGGAUUUACCCUUGACGACAGAUGCAGGUCUGAUGAGUAUGAAACAGACGACAGUGACAGGAACAGAGAAUCCGUAUAACGAUUCUGUGUUGAGCAAAUCUGAUAACGAUGACAAUGUCUCUGAAAAAUGUGAGUAAUGCAUUUUCCUGCACAACUCACAUUUCCUUACUAUAUUCAAUUUUAGUAAAGGCCAACUCAUCUGUAAAAUUCUGAGUUACCACUCUGCUUUGCACAGUUAAAUGCAAUUUGAACUAUUUUUUUUUUUUUUUUUUUUUUUUUUUUACAUUCAGUUUCUGAGAAAUUGCACUACUUAGAAAGGAUAAGGGGCACGUGUCAAAAUAAAAAGGGCACUUAUCGGAGACAAAAAGUGGCACUUAUUGGAGACGAAAAGUGGCACUUAUUAAAUAAAUAAAGGGGAUACCUCUCAAAUUUGAAUAAGGGCACUUAUCGGAUAUGAAAGGGGCACUUUUAAGAAUGAAACAAGUGCAUACAAAGGAAAAGAGGCACUUGUCAAAAUAUAAGGGAUGCCUCUCAUAUUUUAAAAGAGGCAAUUACAAGAGGUGAAGGUGCAUUUAUCAGAUGGUAUAAAGGGGCACUUCUUGUACCUGAAAAGGGUCACUCACGCAUCUGCUGCAAACAUUAAAGAUACUAUGUCCCAUUCGCAGGCCAAAAAAUGGAAAGGUUACAUUUCCACUACAUUUGAAAGAUGAUACUAAUUUAGAACUUUCCUCAAAAUGAAAGGGCUUGAAAAUAGCUUUUAAUAGGGAAAUAACGACCUUUACCUGUUGAAUCGAAAAGUUGUACGUUUUGUGCUACACAAAGAUUCAAUCAGUUUAAUUUUGGCCAUUACAAGUAGUGGGUUAUUGAUGUAAACAAAUGUUCACGAUGUACGUGUUACAGCUCAUUUGAUGUAUGUUAUUGCCAAAGAAAAAAAGAUGUCAUUUAGUCACUCAAUAGUGUCUGACAGUGAAGAGGUAAACGUGUUUCCGUGCAUAAUU